AAAGGGAGGGCUUUGCCACUUUGCCACUUUGCCAAGGGCUAACACACACACAGGGCUUAUAGCAGUUAUUUCCUAAGAAAACCUCUACAGAACCUGCCGUGAUCUCGAAAAAAAAUCACGUUUUCAGAUUUUAAUCAGUUUGGUUUUGGAAUUCAGAAUUCACAAAGGAUCGUUUCAGAGAUAAGAUUUAAUAUGGAAAAACAAUCCGGGCUUCAGGAGCAACUGCUGUGAGACAGACACACACACACACACACAAACACACACACACACACACUAGGCUUCAGGAGCAACCGCUGUGAGACUGAGACUGAGACCGGCAGGAGAAACAGUUGAUCCAGUCUAGACCGAAACCAUGGUUCUAGUCGAAGGCCUCGUGUCAGUGUCGGGUUCUCUGUUGGCUGUGGUUCUCCUCCUCCUGCUGCUGCUGCUGUACCUGUCCCCCUCCGGACCCGACCCGAGACCCGAGGGCUGCCGUCCAGAACCUCCUGGACCCAGAGCGCUCCCCCUGCUGGGGAACCUCCUGCAGCUGGACCUCAAGAGGACCUACAGAAGCCUCUGUGAGCUGUCCAAGAAGUACGGCCCGGUCUUCACGGUGUCCUUUGGGCCCAAGAAGGUGGUGGUUCUGGCCGGGUACAAGACCGUCAAGCAGGCCCUGCAGAACCAGGCGGAGGAGUUCGCAGAUCGAGACAUCACACCUGUGUUCCACGACUUAAACCACGGACAUGGGAUUAUCUUCUCCAACGGGGAAAACUGGCGGGAGAUGAGGCGCUUCGCCCUGUCCAACCUCCGGGACUUCGGCAUGGGCAAGAGGGGGAGCGAGGAGAAGAUC